CUUAACAUACAUGUGUUCUUAUUCCUCCAUGGUGACAGACGGACAUGAGUGAAUCAAAAAUUCAACUCUGCUGGCUGCCUUUAAAAAAUUAAAUGUUCAAGCUUGACUUGACUUGAGUUAACUGCAGAUGUGCACUGCACUCAGCCAACGCAUUGGCAUGAUUGGAGGCCUAGCUACAAGUUCAAGUUCAAGUUCAAGUCAACCACAGCACAGGGAUUCACAGGGCCUCGUUCAAUAAGGCUGCAGUCACCGGUGUUAAGCAGCAAUAACGCCUACCGGCUACAUCAGAUGCCAGAAACGGCCUUGUUACUUGCCACAAAACUCUGUGAUGGAAUCCAAACAGCAAGUAGCAGGAUCCAGGACAUCAGCCCACUAUCAGCACAGCAAGACAAGCAGCACGGUGCCGACAUCGAGUCGGGCAAACUUUGACAAUGAUGAGUUCAUGGCGGCUGCGAUUGGAGACACGGCUUGGCUGAAGCAGUCCUUGCGAUCGGGGAGAGAUCCAUCUCAGUACGAUAGAAAUGGUCUGGCAGCUAUUCAUCUUGCCUCUCUCCACGGCCGGCUGGAAUGUCUGAAACUCCUGGUGGAGAAAUACAAGGUGGAUGUGGAUCUGCCCAGCACCACAGGCUGGCGACCACUCCACCUAGCCAUUAAUAGUAGGACCGGCAAACGAUCACUCAACUGCUUGCAGUAUCUGCUGGACCAAGGAGCGAAUCCCUCGCUAGUUAACAGCGACGAAUUGACGCCUGCCCACCAAGCGGCCAUAGAGGGCAGCGUGAAGUGCCUGGAAGCACUAAUCAAAGGCAAUGCUGCCAUUCACUUACCAGACGACAAAGGCCAUCUACCACUUGACUAUGCUAAGAUCUGGGGCCAUAGGAAAUGUGCCAGGAUUCUAGCAUCUGAAAGCUGGAGGCAAGGCAAAGAUUAUCAGUCUGAGGAGAUGCAGAAACUGAAAUAUCUCCGCUCCUUGAAAGAAGAAGAUGAAAAAGAUGCAGAAGAAUCCAAGCUGGCCGGAAAGGAGUUCUACGGCAGUUUAUCCUUCACAAAUUGGCUGGAUGAAAGAGGGCUCCAGCCCAAGCCGAUCGGGCCUCCUUUGAAAAGAGUCUCUCGGCCUGAAGUAACGCUGAAAUCAGGCGAUGUAGGAGUCAAUAAAAACAGGCUGUAUAAAGCUAAUAGUAUGUCUCAGGGCAAGUCGAGGAAUUUACCAAAGGAGCAACCAGUUUCUAGCAAGGCACAGCAGAAAGGGAAAGCCCCUGAGGAAAAGUCGGCAAGGAAUAAGCCCAACAAAACAGGGGAUGUCGCACAGCAGAAGCAGGGUCCUCGUGUGGCUUUUGCCAGCUUACCUGACGGCAGGAGAAUGCCAAGACUUGAAUUGGCAGAGAUGCCUGACCUCCCAGAGGACGUUGUGGAAAGGGUGUUGGAGCAGAAACCCUCACCCCAUGACCGCCCUCUAGAGUUCAAAUGUAAGAACAUCAUCGACGCGCAACACCGGCGGCUGUUCGCAGGCGACACCAAGACCGAAUCAGAGAUGUAUGCGCACAUCUCAGAUAGUCUAGAUUCCCGACUGUUUCCCGGUAACUCGCGACUUUUGUUGGAGACGCAGGCAAGUUCUCGGUCUAGUCAGAGUGGGGGUUCGAGUGGGUCGCGGGAUAUUGACAUCGAGAGGGUUUCAAAGAUGAUGAAGGAACUAUCUAGGCCGCGGAUAUUUCCAGCCAUUGAGGGGCACAGCUACAAGUAUUCCUUUGAGGUCUUAUGAUGAAUUAUGUGUGCACAAUGAUGUCUCACAGUCACGUCAAUUUAGUGUAUUAGUUUACUCAGUGUGACUUUUAAUGUUGUAAAUACAUCGGUGCCUUCAUACCUUAUUAACUGGGAUUUGAUUUUCGCGUAAUUACAGAUUGAUGGUGCCAUUUUUCUAGAUUGCAGAUAACUUCUGCGGCGCCAUAUGCUUUUCUUGUAUGUUAUCUUUGUUUACCUCAAAACUGUAACAGCCUACUUUAACUUAUUACAUGAUGCAUCCCUGAAAAUAAUCAUGCUUUGUUUCUGUAUGAUACUUUAUAUCAGCAUUAAGCCAAAUACUUUAAGUCACAAGUAUUGUGAGUAAAAUACUAGAUGUUUUUAUAAUGCUUCCUUAUGUAUAACUGAACAAAAAUAUAGGCUUAUAUUUGUCUAUGAUUGACCAUAGUCUGAUGUAUUUGCAUUUUAACAUGUUUAUGACAAAUAAGUGUUAAGCAAAUUCCACUUCAUUUUCAACUUUGAAAAUUGCAUGUUUUAAACCAGCAUUACUUACUUUCACUGAUUUGGUAUUUAAGGGUCUUUAGGUGCGUUUGUAAUUCAUAUUUUUUUUUAUGGAAAUUAACUACAUGUACAUAUAUUAGGAAAGGUUUUGCCCUACAAAAAACAUCAACAGCAUGCUUUAAUUUAGCCAAAGCUGUUAUCAUGUGCAUGAACAAUUAUACUAUAAAUUGUAUCAAAUAAAUCUUGCAUUAAUUUUCUAUGCCUGUAAGUUGAUAUUUUGUCAAGCAAGGUGUCAACAGUCUUUGUAAAAUUGGUGUACACAAUGCAAGGCCAAUACAUUGCGGUAUGGUAGGAUUGCAAAACACUGAGAGGGAUUUUUACAGCUUGUAUAGAAUUUAAUUAGCCGAAAAUAAAGGGCAUGUUAUUAACGUUGUAAACUUUGACACUGUAGAUAUGCAUCUUUAACCGAGUACAAAAUGAAAUGCGAUAUAUAACGGAUGACUUUGCACCAUAGAUUUUGAAACAAAAGCGUACAACCUUUUAUCAAGUUGGCUUAUCAAUGCUGGGACGAGCUGCUAAAUGUGCCAUCAACGUAGAGAGAGUGUUGAAAAGGGAGGUAGACAUGAUGGUUUACAUACAUGUACAUAAAAUGGCGUUUGAUUUAUCAUGUGUGAUUAAUAAAUAAGUCGUUCUUAAGGGUUUUUUUUUAACUACCUGUCCUAUGCCAAGAUGUGUUCAAAUCAUACAUGUAGGUAAGGCAAAUGCCAGCACCCCAACAGAUUUAGGCUAGUAAAAUAUUAAUGUGUUUUGAUCAGGUGUUUUUGGCGCAAAUAAAAUUUGGUAUAAAUCAUAAACCUGUGAACAUUAUACUGUACUAUUUGUACGCACCAAGACCUUCAAAAUCUCUCUCCCAUUUCAACAGUAGUUGAAUUCAAUAAACAUUGUUUAAAAAGUGCCCUA